AUGUUCCCGAGCCCGCGGAAGGUCGGGGCAAGAGCAGUGUUCGAAAGCAUCGAUUUGGCCUUGAACAGCUCUGAUCCCUCCUGGAAGAGGGAGUCUUGGAACCAAAAUGCUGUACCUCGUGGUGCGUUGCUGCAACCCCUCUAUACCGUCAUGGCAGACUACGUGGCUUGUGCCACGGGGAAGCUCCUGAAGCCCCUAGAGUUGAAGGUGCAGGUUCUAUUUGGUGUCGUGGUGGGCGCCUGUUUGAACUCACAUCCUAUGGCCCUAUGGGUCCUGAGCAGCGGGGCAGUACAGAUGUGGGAUCCCAGUCUGCCAGGUUUGCUGAAAAAGGGGCAUGGAAUCUUUGAGCCGCUUCCACCGGCUUGCUUGGAUGUGCUUCUUCAAUGUUUGUCGGGCAGCUGGGAGGCCAUUCGAUGUGAGUCCGAGCAGUUGGCGCAGCGUGUCGGGCUGGACGAAUUGCGGGUGGACUGGCUAUUGGGUGAUAGAUCUUGGGGCCCGCGUAUUGGUGAGUUGACCUACAUGGGCACCUUGGCCUUGGAUGUUUGGCCAGUGUCCUGGAGACUUGCACGAGCAUUUGCAGCCGGUCACCUGAGUCGCCUUGGCACCCCUCAAGAUCCGUUCCCCUCCAAUGACAGUGCUUGA